AUGGUCGACGAAAGUGCUGAUCAGCGCCGGAAGCAAGCAAUGAAACGCAAGAUCUCAGUCCUCGAAGAAAAGGCAAAGCUCCUAGAUCAGUUGCUGCUCAUUCUCCAGGAAACCGACGAGGUUUGCGCAGCACAGGUGCUGAAUUUGAUUCGCAGCCAUGCAUCCCUAGAGCAGAUCAGAAUGUAUGUCGAUGACAUUGUGAACCGUGCCAGAAUAGAAAUGAGCCCAGAGUUACUUGAAGCUCUUACCCAGGCGAAAAGGCUUGAUGACGUCCCCAGAAAGACUUCACGUCCAAAGUCGAAGGAUAAAAGCCUACAUGAGAUGGUUUUAUUUCGGGUGCCGGCGAAACCAUGGACGACGGUGACCGACGAUGACGAUUUUGUAUCGCAUCUGAUGUCUUUGUGGUUCACUUGGUCUCACCCGUACCUGAAUUGGAUCGAUCGAGAUCUUUUUAUUCGAGACAUGCAGUCCGGAAAUCCAAAGGCCAAGUUCUGUUCACCUUUUCUGGUGAAUGUUAUCCUUGCGGAUGCCUGCGGGUUUUCUGACUAUUCAGAGGCGUAUGGUGCCAAAGAUGAACAGCCGUCCCGAGGGAUCCAUUUCUAUCAUGAAGCCAAACGGUUGCUCGAUGAACAAGAAGGCAGGACUCGUCAGAAGGCCGGAGAUCUUUGUGCCAAGGCCGCACGUCAGAAUGCUGCUUUGAUCCAACAGCAACGCGAAUCCUGGGGUCUCGACUGUAUGCCGCCAAUUGACAUUCACUGGUUCACCGUAUCGAUGUAUACUCUCCUCGAAAGCCUGGACAACCAGGCGAGCCGUGAUGCGUUCGUCAGCCUCAGCAUAGCGGCAAAAGCAGCAUCUCACCGGUGGGCACUAGGGAGGGGUAUGCUGCGAUUGGUCCAGCUCACAUCAAAGCAGAUGGAGGUCACUCUGCCACCCGAAACCGAGGCGUUGUUCUCGGACUUUGAAGCGCAACUUUGGCGACACCAAGACCGGAAGGCCCUGAGCAGCCAGUAUCCCAAUUUUGUACACUCGAUGAAUCGCGGCAAAGGGGAGGAGUUCGAGCUCGAUGUGUUCCUAGAAAAGUUCGACGACCUGCAGGUGACCCCUGAGUUAGAAACACCUGUGUGCCGCUCGGUCGAUGGAUUGGAAGACACAGCAUGGGAGGGGACGGAGUUGGGUUCGCAGUAA